AUGGGCUGCGCCAACUCGUCAUCGCAGCGGAUGCCGGUGCCACCAUCCCAGAUGCAUCCUCCUCCAUCCUCGUCACCACCGCCAUCUGCAGACCAUCCACUGUCGGUUCCAGACAAGAUGAUUAUGGGGACAAAGCCAUUGCCUGCGUACACAUCGUCUUCGUCGCCGGACAUGUUGCCGCCGCCACCACCCCCACCGCUGGAAGACUACAGUCCUGAAAGUCCUACAUGUGGGUACGGCAUUGGUUUCACCGACCAGUACAAGCUGGGUGAGACUCUGGGCACGGGUAACUUUUCCGUCGUCCGCGAAGCCCUGCACAAGCCGUCAGGGCAGCGAUACGCGAUCAAGUGCAUCAAGAAGGGCGGCCUCUCCAACGACGAGUUGGAAGCUUUGACGACCGAAGUGGCCGUGCUCAAGCAGAUGAAACACCCCAACAUCAUGAUCUUGCACGACUUUUUCUCCGAGCCAGACUAUUACUACCUUGUGACAGAGUACAUGGACGGCGGCGAGCUGUUUGACCGGGUGGUCGAAAAGUCGUACUAUUCAGAGCGGGAAGCGCGGGACUUGGUUAAACUCCUCCUCGAAGCCAUCAAGUAUUGCCACGAGUGCAACGUCGUGCACCGGGAUCUCAAGCCGGAGAAUCUGCUUUUGACAAGCAAGAUGGACGACGCGUCGAUUAAACUGGCCGAUUUCGGGUUUGCCAAGCGCGUGGACAUGCACGACGAAGGCCUCAAGACUGCGUGCGGGACCCCAGGGUACGUCGCGCCCGAGAUCCUCGAGUCGAGGCCAUAUGGCAAAUCGGUGGACAUCUGGAGCAUCGGCGUGAUCACGUACAUCUUGCUGUGUGGGUACCCCCCGUUUAACGACGACAACCACCACGCAUUGUUCCGAAAGAUUAAACAAGGCCAGUUCGAGUUUGACGCGCCCUACUGGGACGCCAUAUCCGACGACGCCAAGCACUUUAUCGGGCAAAUGCUGGUUGUGGACAACAAGCUACGAGCCACGGCGGCGCAGUUGCUCGAACAUCCGUGGAUCGUGGGCAGUCAGGUGUCGACAGUUCAGUUGAGCAGCGCUCUUGAUGAACUUCGGCGGUUCACCGCGCGGGAUAAGUUCAAGGGCGCGGUGCGGGCGGUGGUAUACUAGUACUACUAGUAGUACAUGGCACUUAAUGGUUCAUGUGUAUAGAUCAUGGCCCAACAAGACGCAGCCAAGGCGAAACAAGCCACGUCAUUACUUAGUACUAGUACUACUGCUAAUACCCCACUCGUCGUCCGAUGAGCAAGUGCCAGUGACAGCUAAAAAGAUCAAUACUAAUCUAACGUAAUACUUCAGUAUUGUCCAAA